CACGCAGCCAACCGAUCCGACUAAGUACGAAUGACCAACACUCAUCCCAACACGCGCUCGACGAAGGACGCGGCGACCCACGCGCCAACGGUCACGCCCGGCCGGACCAUGUCGAAGAUCAUCACCGGCGGCUUUAGCGCGAUGGGCGAGAUCCUACUUGGCGCCGCGCCUGUUGAGGCAGAGGACGUCACGAUGGACACGCCAACGAAGAAACGCACGGCGACAACUGCCUUGGGUUCCGGCGCCAACAAGAAGGUCGCGGAACCAACGGCUACGGCGACCGACGACGUCACACCCGACGACAACGACAUGCAGGACAUCCCAGAGGCCUCCAACGACGCCGAGAGCGACGCGGAUGACACCGCUGCGGGAGCAUGGAACGUGUUCAUGGACCCGCCGCACGACGAGGCUCCCGAGCCGGCAGAGGAGCCAACACCUGCCGCGACGGCAGAGUGGCCAACACCUACCGAGGCGGCAAAGGUUCCGAAGAAGGCUGCCAAGACCGCUAACGAGCAGUCGACGCCGGCCACGGAACCCAAGAAGAAACAGCCUACCAAGGCGAAGAGCUACGCCGAGACCUUGGACGACGGCAAGACGUUAUCGCACGCGCACGACGUCGGGUUUCACCCGGCGGCGGACGUGGACUUGCUCGCCCUGCAGCAGCAAGCUGCGACAGGCGUCUGGACGUACAGUGCCGUCGUCGCCUGCGCCACGAUGCCGCGGCGCGCGACACUCGGGCACCUGCUCAUGAACAUCGGGCCCGACGCUAGUACCAAGGAAAAGCUGAAGGCCAACCCCAAGUUGAAGUACAAGUUUGACGAGAAGGCCGUGCUGGCAGCCGUCCUUCACGCCAACCAGUUGGUGCCGGCAAGCGUCGUACCCCUGCUGGCCGACCUCAUCACGGUCAACCGGAUCCCGCGUACCAACACCUUGAAGUGGGACGUGGCGACGCCCGCCGCUCUCGAAGGACUGCUGGGCCGCACUUUCGACAUCCCGGUCGCGCAGGGCGUCACCCAGCGCUGCAUGAUGACGAAGGUCGGCGUCCUUGAUGCGUGCUUUUUCAUCGACAUCCCGACGGGUUUCCAGUCGCUCGAGGAGGAGACCGCUUUUUGCAACUUCAUCUACGCGGUCGAGCCGCGCCUUUUCUACGCCACGGCUGUAACGGCUGCGGCGUCGACGGGCUUGCGCGGCGCCCGCUUCCGCCUCUACUUUCGCGGGCUCGAGACGCCGGCCUUUCUGAAGGUCGGCGACAAGUGCGCCGACGAGCUCAUGAUCUUCCGGCGCUGGCACCGCAUCUACUCGAAGGACCACGAGUCGGCCUUCGAGCGCAAGCUUCGCCGCGUCAACUUGGAGACGCUCGCCAUGGACAUGGAGUACAACCUGUCUCUGUCGACGGGACCCUUGCCACAGACGCCGAAACCUACGCAGCAGCCAGGCAGCAAGCCUGUCGAGCCGGCUGCGAAGAAAGCGCGUGGCGAAGAGGAGGGCAAGACAAAGCCGGUUCCAUCUACGCCGACGGCCAAGUGGACCGCCGUCACUCGCCGCCAAAAGCGUGACGCCGACUCCACGACGAAGGCGUCGCAGCGCCCUUGGGUGACCAAGAGCUUCUACGCGGUUCUGGACACGGCCAUGACCCUCGACAUCAAGAAGGCUACCACGGUGCACGCGGGCGCCACGUUCGAGACGUACGUUCCCGUCGCUGCGCGCACAGGCUUACAAUUGGGCGCCGGCCACGCGGCCCGCAUCGACAGCACGAAAGUGUCGCUCGGCGGCGUCCGCCGCUUCGCCCAGUCGGUCGACCAAGUGCUCGACGAAGCGAUUGCAGGCAACAAGGCCGCUGCGGCUAUGCUCGAGCACCACGCCGUGACGACCGCCGACGAGAUGGACAACAAGCGCUUCGACCUGGUCGAACUGACGAACAUGGGCUGCGUUGACGCCGCGUGUCGUCAUAUCCAGCAACAACCCCUCGCGGCCGGCGCGCAGCUUCAGGCGAUGGCGCGCAACAACCGCACGGCGUUCGAGCACUUUGUCAGACAGCGGAUGCUUAACCGGCUACUCCGCGCCACGUUUGGCAACGCCAAGCCGUUCGACGUCCUCUACAAGGAAGUAGUCGGCGCGAACUUCUCGAACGAAGGGAUGACGUCGUACCUCAACAACGUGCAAACCGGCAAGCUGCUACCUCGCAUGUCGCUCCGCGAUGCACACGCCGAUGAAGAACAAGACGUGCUCACAAGCCUCGCUGCGGAAGAGCUGAUUGCCCUCGCCGAGGUCGUGCUUGCCGUCUCAGCGCCACUUGUGUAUGCAAACGACGCCGUCGUCGCGUAUAUUGCGCGCACGCCCGUCAAGGCCAUCGCAAUGAUGAAUGGGGUCCGUGCGCUCUCGUCAGCGACGCUCCUCAGCUUCUUUCACCGAGGCAAUCUGGCCCACGCGCCGUUCUGCCAAAGUUUGUGGCAGCAGACGCAGGCUCUGAUUGAGCUCGCAACGACCGAUGGCACGUGCGAGAUGCUCGACGACCUGGACAAGCUGAAUGCCCUCGUGGCAGCCAAGGACUGGCCGUUUGUCGGAACGCGCCAGAACAUGGCGUCCCGAGGCGAUGGCCCGCUGGAGGUGGGCGACCUCGACGACCUCUGGGAGGACCCGUCCCCCUCUCAGUACUAAGGUCCUCGCGGGCUCCAUCCUCCAAGGCUUACCACCCGUCACGAUCACCACAUGCAACCUCAACGGCGUGAAGCAGUACGGUCACGCUGUCUCCAGUGCACUCGUGCACCCGCGGCAGUGCGUCUUCUUCCAAGAAACCAAAAUCCACAACGAGCACCAAGUAGAAGGCCUCCACGUGCACCUGCGCAACGAUGUCGGCUACAACCAAUACCAACUUUUUAUCAACGACCACCGGAAGGACCUCGCCGCGAGCCCCGGCGUCCUGAGCAACGGCGUCGGCAUGUACUUUCACGUGUCGAUGCCCGG